UGUAUUGGGACGCGGCCCGAGCGGAGCGAGUGAAUCCGGCUGGAAGAGAAAAGAAGCUGCAGAUCAAAACAGUGGCCUGAAUCCAGCAGGGAGGAGAAGAAAGAUUUAAAAAAAAAAAAAAAAAAAGUCGAUCUUGGAUUAGAAAAAUAAUUUUAAAAUGCCAAGCAAAAAGAAGAAAUACAACGCCAGAUUUCCUCCGGCAAGGAUUAAGAAGAUCAUGCAGACGGAUGAAGAAAUAGGCAAAGUAGCUGCUGCAGUUCCUGUCAUAAUCUCGCGGGCACUGGAACUCUUCCUGGAGUCUCUUCUGACGAAAGCGUGCCACGUUACCCAAUCCCGCAACGCCAAAACCAUGACAACGUCACAUUUGAAGCAGUGCAUUGAACUGGAGCAGCAGUUCGACUUCCUGAAGGAUCUGGUGGCCGCGGUCCCGGACAUGCAGGGAGAGGGGGAUGAGAAUCACGCAGAGGGAGCCGAGAGGAUCCCGCGCAGAGGCCGGAAGCCUGGCUCAGGGCGCAAGAAUGGAGGAGCAGGAGCCAAAGGCAAAGACAAGAAGCUGUCAGGCACAGAGUCUGAACAAGAGGAUGAUUCUGAAGACAGCGAGACGGAUGGAGACGAGGAGGACAUCUCUCAGCCCAGCAACACACACCAUCAGGCAGCAUCCCAUUUUCACAGCCCGGACAUGCCCUCUCCGUACAUGCCAACGCCCAUGCCCGUGGGUCCCCCUCAGGCCACUCUCGCCAUGCCCAUCAGCUCUUUCGGCUCCCAGCCUUCAGUCAUGGGGAUGAUCGCGCCUCCUCCCGCCACGGCUCUGCACAAAGAAGAACACGACGACGACGAAGACUACGACUCUUAGCUGCUCCUCGUCCUCACCCCGUUCGAACCAUUUUACAUUCGUUUUCUUAAGUUGUUCUUGUCUGGCUGCAGAAUGCAAACGGAUGGAAACCGAAGGAACUUAAAUAGUUAACGUCCAGACACCGGUGAAGGGCGUUCGCAAGCCUGCAGCCACAGCGCAAGAAGAAGAAUGGGUUGUAUAUUAGCUAUGUGUUUUAAUUUCUUUUUUUAAGAAUUCUUAUUAUUUUACUGUCCAGAUUAAGACGGGACAAUUGGUUUAGGCUAUUUUUAAAAAAAAACAGAAAAACAAAACUUGUUGGAUACUUGGCUCGCAGUCUCUUUUGGAAAAUGGCCCUAAGCAUUUAUUAUUAUUAUUUUUUUUU